AUGGGCGUGAUCGGUGCGUCUUCCAGCGCCGACAGUCUGGCAAUAGCACCGUUGUUCACGCUCAAAUUAAUUCCCUUGAUCAGUUACGCAGCCUCGAGUUCCGCCCUUUCGUUGAGAGCCAAAUAUCCAGCUUUCCUUCGCACAAUCGGUUCCAACAAAGAUUUGGUGGAUGUGAUUAUUCGGGUCUUGCAGCACUUCAAGUGGACGUGGGUCGCUCUCUUAUACAGCGAUGAGGCAUUUGGAAAAGAUGGUCUUGAAGUGUGCAUUCACGAAGUGGUACCCACGGAGAUAUGCCUGGCGUACAUCGCUGCAAUCGAUGAUAACACGAAUUUCCUCAAUGUAUUCCAACAAAUAGAUCUUCAGAACAUAUCUGUGAUUGUUGUUUAUUCUGUUCAACCGAAAGCGUUGGCCCUGAUUGAGGCGGCAGUAGUACAUAAUGUCACCAACAAAGUGUGGAUAGCGACAGACACUUGGUUCUUUAGCAAAAGUCUUACCAACCGAAGUGAAAUUGAAAGGAUCGGAACUAUAGUGGGAGUCUCUGAGAAAACCGCUAAUCUAUCUGGUUUUGAAGACUUUAUAAAUUCAAAAAAUCAUAGUAAGCCCCAUAAUGUAACAGGAGAUUUUGUUUGCGAACAAGAUUGCAACUGUGACGAUAUUACGGGCAAAGACAUACUUGCGGAGGAAGCCUCUUAUAAUUUCCAAGUUUACACAGCUACAUAUGCCAUUGCACAGGCACUUCACAACGUGCUGGAAUGUGACAGGGGCAAGUGCAAGGUCAAUGGUACAGUGUACCCCUACAUGGUAAGUAAACCUGUAGAUGAAUCAUUUGCAUACUUUUCUUUCUUCUUAUCUUUCUAUCUCUUUGCUUCGGUUCUCAAACCGAGAUCAAGAUGUGGUCAAAGCUGCUGUAGGCCUGUAGGUUUCGAGAUUUGUAAAAUGAAUACAGAAGACAGCAAGACUUUGAAACUAAACAAGGAAAACCACUUUAUCUUCGCUCCCUCUUUAAUAGGGGUUGUAUUCACGUACCCUUUGAUUAUUUAACAUACACGAUGAACUCCCUAAAACUGUCAGGGAAGAGAUACCCUGAUUGGUCAGAAAUUAGCUGGGAGCGGUCUAACAUCUAGAUUGUCUCUCAAGCAGGGCAGUCAACUCGAAACAUAUAUUCUCACCCCUCAAUGCUGAAGCAAGGCUAUCGGAACAUGUUAUAGACAAAUAAUAGAUCUUACAUUUUACCUGCAGCAACAUUAAUAGUCCACUUAGAAAGUUUUAAUCUCAAGUUGAACCUUCUUUCGACUAACCUCACGCAAUAACAUUGUCUCUGUAUAGGCCUAUCUAUUUUUAUGUAUGAAUGCAUCGAGCGAUAUUCUUUUUUAAGAAAUCUAAGUAGCGAACAUGUAAUGCAUGAUUAGUAUGGCACUGACUUUCAGUUAUUGCAUAACUGCAUCUUUAAUUAUUUUUUUAACAUCAUUUUCAGGUUCUAAAUGAAGUGAAGAAGACCAACUUGACGCUUCUUAAUAUGACUAUUCAGUUUAACGAGUUUGGUGGAUUGAAAUUCCCCAGUGUGAACAUAUUUGUCUUGGCUAAGGGCGUUAUCACGCAAGUGGGCUCUUAUGAAACCAAUCCCUCA